CGCUAGGGUUGCAAUUUGACCCUUCCGCCCACCUAACCCCAGCCGCCUCAUCAGGCGCUAGCGGUCCAGAAAGAGGAGUGACAAAAAAAAAGACGGAAAAAGCCUCUUGCUGUGUUUCUCCGACCCUCUCACUGCUUUCUAUUUUUUUUUCUUUUAUAUCGACCUCGGCCCCUCCCUCCGACGUUAAAUCCUCCUCCUUCCCUCCCACUCUUGUUUUCUUACGCGCCAGACGUGGUAAUAGGAUCAAGCCGAAGACAGUCCUCUUGUGCCGGAUCACUCGGUUGGGUUUUCGCUUCGCUUUUGCUUGCUGCCCCUCGCAUCCUUUAUCUCGCGCCCCUCCGACAUCACCACCACCACCGCCAUUCCGACCGCAGCGAUGGCGACUUCGAACGGCGUCAACGGCGGCGGCCCCAAUGCCCGCCUGUCAUCGUGGCAGCACUACAACGAGGGCACCUUCCUGUUCACCUCCGAGUCGGUGGGUGAGGGUCACCCCGACAAGAUCGCCGACCAGAUCUCGGACGCCAUCCUGGACGCGUGCUUGGCCGAUGACCCGCUCUCCAAGGUCGCUUGCGAGACGGCCACCAAGACGGGCAUGGUCAUGGUCUUCGGUGAGAUCACGACCAAGACAAAGGUCGACUUCCAGAAGGUGGUCCGCAAUGCCAUCAAGGAUAUUGGCUACGACGACUCGUCCAAGGGCUUCGACUACAAGACCUGCAACCUGCUGGUCGCCAUCGAGGAGCAGUCGCCCGACAUCGCCCAGGGCCUGCACUACGAGAAGGCCCUUGAGGAGCUGGGUGCUGGUGACCAGGGUAUCAUGUUCGGAUACGCCACCGACGAGACCCCGGAGCUGUUCCCCCUGACCCUGCUCCUGGCCCACAAGCUCAACGCCGCCAUGUCUGCUGCCCGCCGCGACGGCUCCCUCCCGUGGCUGCGUCCCGACACCAAGACCCAAGUCACGGUGGAGUACAAGCACGACAACGGCGCCGUCAUCCCCCUCAGGGUCGACACCGUCGUCGUCUCGGCCCAGCACAGCGAGGAUAUCACAACCGAGGAGCUCCGCAAGGAGAUCAAGGAGAAGAUCAUCAAGAGGGUCAUCCCCGAGAAGUUCCUCGACGACAAGACCGUCUACCACAUCCAACCCUCCGGCCUGUUCAUCAUUGGUGGUCCCCAGGGUGAUGCCGGUCUUACCGGCCGCAAGAUCAUUGUCGACACGUACGGCGGCUGGGGUGCGCACGGUGGUGGCGCCUUCUCCGGCAAGGACUUCUCCAAGGUCGACCGCUCUGCUGCCUACCUCGGCCGCUGGAUCGCCAAGUCUCUGGUCGCUGCUGGUCUGGCGCGCCGCGCCCUGGUUCAGCUGUCGUACGCCAUCGGUGUGGCCGAGCCGCUGUCGCUCUACGUCGACACGUACGGAACCUCGGAGAAGACUUCGGACGAGCUCGUCCAGAUCAUCCGCAACAACUUCGACAUGAAGCCCGGUGUCAUCGUCCAGGAGCUUGACCUCGCCAAGCCCAUCUACUUCCAGACCGCCAAGAACGGCCACUUCGGCACCAACCAGACCUUCAGCUGGGAGAAGCCCAAGCCGCUCAAGUAUUAGAGGGAGAGCAGGACUCGGUGUGUCCCCGCCAGGUGCCAGAAUCAACUUCUCGUCGCCUUUCUCAUUACAUUAAAAAAAACCGCCGUGGCUUAUCCCCCUACGGUGGGCAUUGGAACUCAUCUUUAUCGACUCCGACUACUUCCAUGACAACAAACCAUGUCCUGGUGUCAUACCCUACACAAAAGACAUCAUGACUUUACGACCUUUUGUUUUUGCUCUAAUCUUUCUCCCUGUCUGUUAUCAUUUUUCUCUCACCAUAUCUUCGGCCAGUACUUUCGGAACUUUAACAUUUCAUGGGCGGGCAGGCGUACGGUUCUCAACGAACCUGGAUUUUAUAUAUCCUUGUUUUCCAAUUGGCUUUUUUCACCUUGCUUGGCCUCCCUUCUCACGAUCACCUCCCGAGUCUUAUCAUCGUCCGUCCUGAUGAGCCUCGGUUUGCGAACAAAAGGACACUUGCAGAAAAAGAAAUGCACAAGAGUUAUGGGAUGGCUUAUUUAGGGGUUCUCCGAUCUAUGUUCGUCUUCAUCUACCUCUUUUUUUACGUCUGCUUUUUGCGUUUGGAGUGGGAGGCGUCUUUCAACAAAGACAUACAUGGGAGGCAAACAGAGGGGACGCUCGGUACUGUCUCCAUCUAUUGCUUUGCUCUGGGUUUCGGGUACCAUAAAGGAAGCAUUUGGAAUCGGCGUUAAACGAGGAAGACAAAAGAACUUCAACAUCUUUGCUUUCCUAGUUUUCUAGCCGGCAUAUAGAAGCGUCGUCGUCAGAUCAGAGGCGGAACCCCCAGCGUGGAACGGGGGUGGUUGAGGUGUCUAGAGGCACGCGGGAGUUUCCCCCAAAGAAGAAGAAUGGAUUG